UUUUCUGGUCCAAGCUUCUCGAGCCAUCACUCUGUCCUUUCCAAGUUGCUAUUAAUAGUCUUGUUGUCCUCUGCUAGACUGCCGCUACAGUACUGUACCAUGAAUAAUAUCAAAGAAACCUUUGGAGAAGCCGCGGAUCUCUAUAGUGUCCUUGGCUUGAAAAACCGCGACGAUGCGGAGAAUGCGGCAAAACUCCGCAAAGCCUACUUCCGCAAAGCAUUGGUGUAUCAUCCCGACAAGACCAAAGAAAAGAAUGCCGAAGUUGCCAAGGCCAAGUUCCAAGCCAUAUCUUUUGCGUAUCAAGUACUCAAGAAUCCAGAAAAGCGAGCUGAAUACAACGACACGGGCCAUGUGGACGAAGAGCACGACGAUGACAACGAGGAUGUCAACGCUGCCAAUGCUGGCGGCAAUAACUGGAAAGACUACUUUGACCUCAUCUUUGGCAAGCUCACUACCAAUAAGAUUGAUCAAUUUGCGCUCAAAUACAAGUGCUCCGAGGAAGAACAGCGGGAUGUACUACAGCGUUACAAAGAAUUCAAGGGGGAUCUCAACAAAAUGCUCGAAUUUGUCAUGCUUAGCAACCCCGUCGAUUGUAGGCGAUGGUUAGAAGAUUACAUCAAGCCCGCCAUUGCAAGCGGGAGCGUUCCAGACUACAAUGACAUGAUUCAAAAGAGCCUGAAGAAGGUGGAGAAAAAGAUUGAAAAGGAACAAAAGAAACAGCAAGAAAAGAAAAAGGCUGCCAAAACAGCAAAGUCCAAGUCUGCCUCAAAAAAGGAAAACCAAAAUCCAGCUUCAUCCUCGGAAGAGGAGGAGGAGGAGGAAGAAGAAAUGACAGACGAAGAUGCGACUGAAACGGAAUCAGAGGACGAAGAACCAGUCAAAGCCACGCCAGCAAAGAGCAAGAAGAAGGCUGGACCUGCCAGCAGCAACAAAAAGAGAAAGGCAACCAAGGCCAAACCAACAAAAGCCAAAAAGAAAUCGAAAGAAGAUGAUCUAGUUGCCAUGAUCCAGGCAAACCAGUCGAAGCGAUCGGGAGCCGCUUUCUUCUCUGACAUGGCUGCUCGAUACGGCGCCAAGAUGGAUGAGGAUCCUUUGGGCGACGAUGAGUUUGAAAAUAUACAAGCUCGUCUCAAGAAGAACAAACGAUCUCGUUGAGAUGAUUAUAAUAAGAGCUGCGUGUGAGUUUCAGAAUUGACGCAAUCGAUCUCGUGAGCGUACCGGUAGGGACAGCUUCCGGUGUGGGAGGGGCGGUGACCUGUUUAUGACAUGACAUGAUCAUCACAGCCCGUCAAGUACCACAAAAUUCAAACAACAUCCAACUAUAGAGUGUACCACACUUCGAAGGAUGCCCAGACUUUGGUUCGGAGUCUACCUUAUUCCAAGGCCAAUCAAGUCGCUCGAGUUUUCUCCUAACUAGUAAUACUUCUUGUUUAUGUGUUCU